UUAGUUCUUUUCUAUCAGAACCAGUGAAAUAAGUUUCUUAAUGAUUAAAGACGUGCUUUAACAUUAGUGAUAUUUUAAUCAAAGUCUCAAUGUUUUCUGGCAUGGAAAAUUGGUCACUUGUCCUGUCUGGUUUGUAUUGUAAAUUAUUCCAUUUCUUUUGACUUCUUUAUAACAUUCUUCUUACUUUACCAAUGUUACAAAACACUCAUUUUCUAUAGAUCGGUCAUAUUUACUUACUUUCCACAAUAUUGUCAUGCCCAUUCUUAGACUUUAACUUUAUUUCUAAAAUGAAGUAGCAACUUGUUAAUAUUUUUAGUUUCAGAAAAAAACUUGUUAAUAUUUUUGGAAAGUUGGAUUAAUUGAUUGGUCGGUCCUUCAUUUGCUUUUGUUUUAUUUUUAUUUUUUUGUCCAGUUCAAAGAUUUGUGUACCACAGCAAGACCCAACAGCGUUAUCUGAAUUAUGUUAUUUUUCAGAAUAUAAUAAGAGUAAGAAUGUGUGGCUGUAAUAUUAGUAAUAUUUACUUUUGUAUGGUGGAAAGUUACUAUCAGAAAAAAAAGUUACUUUUGUAUUAGACCAAAAAAAAGUUACUAUCAGAAAUAUAAUUGUCUGCCGAAUGAAGGUGGACGUCUAUUUUUCAUUUUUUCCCCUUGUCAUCGAAUGUGCAGCUCUGACUUCUGAGAUAUGAUAUACGUCAUAAUUCAUUUAUUGUGAAUUCAUUAAAAAUACGACAGCUAUAAAAAUGUGGAGCUUUUGCGUGUGACAUGUCUUUAAAUUAUUAAACAACUCUAGCGAGCAGAACACUCACUGGAUCAGAGGGUUCGGUAAGCGAUCUUGGAUUGGAUCCGAGGGUUCAGUUAGAUUCGGCAAAAAAUAAGCGCCGUUGCCGCGGAUCGAACCCGGGUCACCCGCGUGACAGGCGGGAAUACUUACCACUAUACUACAACGACUUUGGUGUUCUAGACAAUAAUUACAUUUAUGUAAUACAUUACGCUAACCUUCAUCAUAAAGACCAAAACCAGCUUUCUUUUCUUUUUUUUUUUUUUGAACACACCAGCUUUCUUUUGUUAAAUUUGGAGAUUCAAGGUGUCUUAAAAUUGUUCCAUAAAAUUAAACUGGAGACAGAAUGUAUAGAUAUCAAAAUAUAUUGAGAUUCCAUAAUAGUGUGUCUACGUUUGGAUUAUAUCAGUUUUAUAGUAUUUAGUGUAUUGACACCAAAUGCUUUCCUGAUUAUAGCUUUCUUGAUUUUAGGCCAAAGUAUUGACUUGUUUCACAAAUAUGUUUUGCUUUUUCUGAUUAUUUCCAUGAUAUCUUGCCAACUUCUCCUUAAUUUAUUUCAAAAAAUUAACUGUAAACUCACACAAAAAUGUUUGCAUUUUGCCCUAACACUUACAAAAUUGUAAUGACUUUUUUUAUAGGUGUAAAUGUUAAGUAGUGUUAUGACUUACGAAUCACUCCAUGGACUUUGGUUCUAGUGAACUGUUAUAUACAUGAGAGGCAAGUAUUUAAUACAGUCCUGGGGUGAUUCAAAAUUUCAAAAUCAUGGAGAGCAUAGAGAAAUAAACAAGUAAAGUGGUAUUGUCGUAAUUAUACGAAUGUAUGGGCCCAUUAAGGCUGUCCUUUUACACAAAAUAUAUAUCAGUCUACCAUUCAGCUUCACGUCGAUGGCGUGUAUACAUUGCACAAAAGUUACUAUUGUGUGGCCCUCGUUUCCUUCUUCUUUUAACUAUUUAAACCCUUUUAAAAACAUAAAAUUCGGAUUCCAAUACAAAUUAUUACCUUAAAUGUUCAUAAGCAUUUAACCAAAAGUAUUCAAUCCACCUUUUUUCCUUUUAAUUUUUUUUUAAAAAUGUUUGAAUCAACAAAAUGUAGCAUGUUAUUAACAAAUUAAAAAUGCAUUUUGAAUUUUUCAUCGAAGUAUAUUUUCAGUAAACAUACCAUUAACUUACAAUAUUAGCAAAAAAAAAAUUGAUUUAAACUGGAUUAAACAGUCCGUAGGUGGAACCAUUAAAGACAAAAAAAAAAAUGAAAGAAGAAAACCGCUCAGUUUCCAUAGUGCAAAUAGGUUGCAGUACAAACCCACGUGUCCGCAUAUCAUUGGUAAUCGUGCUAAGCAGGCAGUCGCUAUCGUCCCUUCCCUACCUUCGUCUCUCUCUCUCUUACACUAUACUCUUCUUUUGCCCUCCUCACUGCUUACUCUGUCUUUCUUCCUCAGACACCAAUUAAAAAACCCUAUUUUCUUCUCUGAUCGUGAAGAGAAGACAAAUGCUGGAAGCUGCUGAUAACUCAAACGUCCUCAACAGAGGAUUCUCUCAGCUUCAGAAUUGCUUCGGUGAUUGCAGUAGCGAAGAAGAACUAACCGUCCUGCCACGUCAUACCAAAGUGGUCGUCACCGGAAACAACCGUACCAAAUCUGUCCUCGUCGGUCUUCAAGGCGUCGUUCAGAAAGCCGUCGGGCUCGGUGGUUGGCAUUGGCUGGUUUUGACAAAUGGAAUCGAAGUGAAGUUGCAGAGGAAUGCGCUUAGUGUCAUUGAAGCUCCUACAGGGAACGAAGAAGACGAUGAUGUCGAAGUUGGGCAUACACAAUGGAAUCCCUCUGAUAUGACAUGUGAAGACACUUUGAAGCCUCACAAGUCGAAGCAAAGAGGAUACAGAUCAGCGCGGUUAUCACAUAAGGCAAUGUGCAGGGCCUUAUCUUCUGACUCACACUCAAAAAGCUCGACUAUUACUCCUCCUGUGAACAUGAAGGUUGAUCUUAGCAAACUGGAUAUGCCUGCAUUACAGAGAUACAUACGACAUUUUAACCUCGUGGAUACACUUCCUAACCCGUCAAAGGAGCAACUACUUGACAUUGUUCAGGGACACUUCAUGUCUCAGGAGAUGGAUGAGCUUCAGGUUAUAAUGGGAUUCGUUCAAGCUGCAAAAGGAAUGAAGAAAGCUUGCAGGUGGAAUUUAAGAGAACACCAGAAACACUGAUCUUAACUGCAACAGCUAAAGCCCUUGAAUGGACUAACGGACGGUCACAUAUUUUUAAACCGUGGCUUCAAAGGUUGAUUAGUAGUUAAGCCUCUGUCUCUUUUGGGUUAACAGUAGAUGUUGUUAUUUGCUCAUGUAAGUACAUCAAGAAGCAAUGACCCUAAAAACAAAGAAGCCUUUAUAAUCUCUAAUUAAGCAUCCAUCUUUAUAUACGUAUUGCAAA